AAUUAGGCUACAAACUAAGUACCCAUGUUUGGUUUUUCGGUUGAACCUAGCUGAAAGCCAACGGAACUUGGCGAAACCGGCAACGACGGCGAGAAAGAACAAAACGAACGACAAAUGUCUCUGGUCGAUUAUGCUUCCUCUUCAGACGACGACGUUCCGGAACCCACACGCCACAAAGAGGAGGAGCCACCCCAACCUCUCCAACGCAAUUCACCGCAACCGCCACCGCAACCUCCUCCUUCGCGAACCCAGAUCAAAUAUGGAUCUUCACCUGGCCAGCCUCUAGAAAAUAAACCACAUUCAUCUGCAUCUUCAUCUUCAGUGGAGAAGCUUCCUGAUGCAUCGCUUCUUUUGAAUUCACCUUUUGUCUCAUCUAAUCUGGUGAGUGCUAGUGAUCACUCCUCUCGAGUUGCUGCAGCUCUUGCUGAAAAUGCUUCACGUAAGAGAGAUUCUAAUGGAAUGGCCUCCUCCACUGUUCGUAAUAAAGCUCCUAGAGGAAACUUGCCUCAUUCAAAGAGUGUUCCAGAAACUACUAGUGGUUUGUUAGUUCCACCUCAGAUCAGUGGAAGGAAAAACGUUGUUACAGAAGACAUAAGCAAGCUCUUUGUCAAGAAACACUAGGAACAUUCAUAUUGUUAGAAGCUUGCAUGUUGCAAUCAAUGAUGGGUGAGAAACUUGCACCUAAAGAUGUGGGACACCUACUUGAAACUGCUUGCUCUUGUAGAAUGUGUACGCAUAAACGGUCUUUGUUUAUAUCCUUAGGUUUGUUCAACCGUGUGUAGUUGAUUAUAUUACAUUAUUAACUUUCAGCUUAGCCAAGUAAAAGAAAAAAGAGGCGGAAACCCGUUAGGGGUGAUUUACUGAGCACGUUUUUUAGAUUUGCAGGUAUGAUUAAUGAUUAUUGAGAUAGUGAGUUUUUUUGUUGUGAGCACAAUAUCCUCCAGAAAGUAUAAAUCGUAUUUUCGUGCUUAGGUUAAGGUUCUAAAAUAUUGUUAGCUUGCAACAUUAUUAAGAGCAACAUUUUCAGCUUGCAACAUUA